UAACAUUGCCGCACAUUUUAACUCUUAACGUCGAGAAAAUCUACACUGCGAAAAAAUUGUCUAUCGAUCAUGCUUCACUUGAUUCCUCAGAAGGUGAGACAGUUCGUUUUAUCGGAAUCGGAUUGUAAGAACCUGCUUUUAUGCUCUUUGACUACGAAGAACAUUCUGAAGUCUAUUCCUAUAGAUACUCUUGUGUCUCUUUCCGCAACAGAAGCAUCAGAAAAGUUAGAUGGCAUUCCCAUAUUGGAGUCUGACUGUUCUGACAAACAGGACGGAGACUUAAAGAACAGUACCUCUGAAGAGUAUACUAAGGAUGAGGACUGGAAAUUGGUUUAUGAUCUGAUGCGCGCAAGUAAACAGGGAAUUUUGUUUCUGCGCGAACACAUGGCCCGCUUCAUGGAAAGUCUUGAAAACAUGUCUCCGUACCCCUUGCCAUCCUACACAAAUGAUUUCAUUAAAUCGUGCUUGCAGGAGUAUUCAACUACUCCGAACGGGGGUCUGAAUCCAAACUUAAGUGACAGAAACUCAAAAUUUCAGAUGGAUCAGAACAUGAAAGUUAUUAUGUGGGUUAAGACUAAUAUUAACAGUGUUAACGGCGCGUCCCCGUCUGAGGAGAAGCCAGACCAAAUGCUAUUCAUCAUUUACUUCAUAAAAUCCUUUUUUCCGCCACCGGAGUGGUAUGUGAAGGGCAUCCAGUUUGCGUUUCUCUUCAAUGCUCGUCGCCAAAAUCCUCGUUUUAAGGUCAUUCAAUCACAAAUAAUCAGUCGUGCGAAGCAGCUAAGGGAAGCCAGUGGAGCCUUCGAAAUUAUGCUGGUUGAUGAUGCAAGCAACAAUUACCUGGUUCCGGAGGGUUCUCGAUCGAAUUAUCUACUUAUUACCCAAUCUGGAAAGAUCAGAUGUUCCGAUAAGUCUGAUAUUUUAAUGGGGAUUACCUUAUUGGCAACGACACGGGCCGCCAAACGUGCAGGCUUAGGGGCAAUUGAGCAUUGUAAGCUGACGUUGAAAGAUAUUUGCAGCACUUACGCUUUGGUGAUGCUCGGAACAAGCCCUGGGGUGCUGCCCGUGCGAGAGAUACUGCUUUACUACGACGUGGAAUCGGAAGCAAAUUUCCGUGCAGCUGCUUCCUUUCUCAACAUUGAUGUUGAGGGAAUGAAGAAUUUUAAAACUAUCUCGUUCGAUCCCCCAAGUGCUGUCCUAGAGUUUGUCGUUCAGAGUGACGCGAUCAAUCAGCUGAUGAAGGCUUACGAUGAGGAAAAGGUUUCGUAA